AUUUAUGCUUACUUAAACUCAAAAAUCUUAUAUCAAACAAUUAAAGGAUAUAACAUAGCGUUCUGACCUCAUGGUAAUUUCAAUUUUAAUAUAUUUUUAAUGGGAUAUAGAAAAAUCAACAGACUUUAUAAUAAAUGCAGGAGAAUUUUUAAGUGAAGAUCUAAUUCCAGAAAGUAGAAGGCAAAUAGCUGAAAAAUUAUUAUAAUCAGAAUUAUAAGAAUAAGAUAAAAUUAAACCUAUAAAUACAAACUAAAUAAUAACAGAUGUAAAAUAAAUUAAAGACACCAAUUCUAAUAAAGAAACUAUAAAUGUUUAAAAUAAAAAGAUUGAUUAAAUCAAAGAAAACUUAUCAAUAAUAGAAAAUAUAGAAUGGGAAACUAAAUCAAUACACUAAGAUAAAUAAUUAAUUAUACAGUGUGUUUAAAAAUAAAAUUAGAAUGAUUAAUUAGAAUUUAGAAAACUUUAAUCAUUUGCAGGAAUAAAGACAUGUGAAUCAUCCGGCUCUUUUAAUUGUAUAUAUCAAUUAUUUUUUUAAUGUCCUGAAAUAGUCGAAGCAAUCUUUAGUAUGGAUAUUUAAAAUAAAGAAGAUUUAAAUGUAAAAAUGUUUAAUAUAAUUAGAGCAAUUUUUAAAAUCUAUUAUAAUAAUUGUUUGCUUCUUUAAUUCUAACUAAUGAUAAAUCUGUAAACAAUUCUGAGUUAUAUAAUGUUGCAAGUAAACUAAACAAAUCAUAAAAUUAUGUUGGUUAAAUAAAUUUUGCUAAACAAUUUGAAAUUUAAAUCAACAUAUUAAAAUAAUUUUUUUAAGAUACUAAGUAAGAAAGUGUUUCAAUAAUUGUAAAUUAAUUUUAAACAUUUUAAAGUCAUCCAUUCUUAAAAUUAGAAUAAGAAUAUAGAUUGUUUUAAUUAUCUUUGCUAAAAGAAAUGAAUAAUUUAACAUAAAUUGGAUAAUAAUAAAAUUAAAAAUAAUGUUGGGUUUUUGAAAUCAGUAGAAAAUAUGACUAGGAUAAUUAUAAUGAGAAUAAUCUUGACUAUUGGUUUCCUAAAAAAUUUGAUUUAGAAUUUUUACUUUAGAAAGAUAGAUUAGAUUAAAUCUUAAAGAUUUUAGAGGAAAAGACAAAAGAGGAAAUUAUAAAAGAAAUAAAAAAAUGUAUGAAUAUUUAUCAAUAAAAAAGAUUAAUAAAUAAUAAAUGCUUUUCAUAUAGUAAAAUCAGUUUUAAGUGAAUAAGAUUUUGUUUAAAAAGAAACAAUAGAUUCUUUGUAUAGAGAAUAUGAAAAUCUUGAGAAAAAGCUAUAUGAAUAUAUUCCGUUUAAUAUGGAGUAAUUAGAAAUGAAUAGUUAAAAUAAAAGACAUAGUUAUUGUAUUUAAGCAACAGUAAUAGAAUAAAAGGGAGAGAAUUACCAUUUGUUUUACUUAUAUAUAAAAAACUUUAGUUAGAAUAAAUGGUUUAGAAUAAAUGAUUGUUAGGUUUAAAGUGUGAGUGAAGAUUUAGUAUUAAAUGAUACUCGUAAGUAUGGAUGUUUUUUAGUUUAUGUUAAGGAAGACUAAAUAUAAAAAUUAGGAGAAUAUUAAAGUAUAUUAUCAGAGAUUGCUAGCAAUAUAUUAAUGAAUUAAGAUGAACAGAUAUAAAAUUAUCCUUUAAUAUAAAAGUUAAAAAAGUCAAAUGUUCGACUAUAUGAGAAGAUUUUAAAGUUAAAUUAAUAAAAUGAAGCUAAGCUCGAUGAAGAAUUGAACGAUGAGUUUGAUUAAUGA